AUGAAACAAUUUAUCGCUACUACUUUUCUAUACACCCUUCUUGGUGCCAAUGCCAUUCAUGCUCACGGAACCACACGAGAUCAAGUGACUGUCUGCGACACCCAGAAUACACACAGUAUUUCCUGCACGGAGCAUUACUCUUCACUAGCUGUCAAGCAUGUCAAGAUUCCACAACCUGAACACGAAAUAGAAUACUUGGCCAAAGGGAGAACAUCUGUACACCAAUGCAAGGGUGCUCAGUAUACCGCCCUUCAAGUUACGCAAGGAUUACAAAAAGCUUGUACCAAAUUGAAAAAAUGGAAAAGUAAUAGCGGCAAGAAGGGAUUCAGGAGAUUCGGUAGACAAAACAAAGACAAACGAUACGGUGGACUCAGAAGACUUCGAAGACGUGCGAGGAAACAGUUGAAGCUAAAGAACAAGAAGAACAACUUCAUAUUUCGUCUACAUACUGUACCGCAAGCAGACUAUAAAAAUGGAUUUACCAGAAUAUCUAUCGUUUUCAACGAGCAUUGCGAUCUAAUCGACGUCGUAGCUAUCAAGAUGAGGAGGAGAAGAAUUCAGCUUUCAUUUGAGGAGAAAUACAAGCCCAAGUACUCUCGAUGCAAGUAUAUGGACAACUAG